CUGCAUACAGUAAUCACUUGAAACUCGCGCUAGGGCUUCGCCAUCUUAUCCCCAAAGAGAAAGAUAACUAGCGCAUCUGCGGCGCUCGACAGGGCGCGCUCGCCGUGGCAUUACGCCUUCUACUGGUAUACUCAUUACCCAUUUUUCUGAUCUCGAUCGACUCUCGUGUAAGAAGGUACGCGUUACGCACACCUCUCUUGUAACCUGUAAAAGUUGUAACCCGGUGACUGUCAAAUAAAAUAAGAUAAAAGGAAAUUCAGAGAAGUCCAGUGAUUCUCGACCACGUAUUCCUCGACGCAUUCUUUCCGCGGAAAACACGUGGAGUUACGACGUGCCUCUCUCUCAAGCACACGGCAACGUACAAAACAUAUGAAAAAUCUUAAGCGUCCGGCACUAGGGAAACUCCUCUUAUAUCUAAACAACUAUUCAUGUUUAGUGACAAAAGCUAUAUAAAAAUUAUAUUACAAUAAAAGACACCGAAAUGUAGUACUCUCAAAUUGUCAAGUAAUCAACUAUUAAUAGGCUAAUAAGAGUAACCGCGGUUGUUCGUGUGUAGAUAUAAUCUAUUUGAUAAUCUAGAAUCCAUUUGUGAUACUGAUAUCAACAUUUCAAAAAUUGAAGAAACACGAGAAGGAACUUCGGAAGGAACUUAAUCUGUUUAAAACAGCCAUUACAAUAAGGAUGUUUGUUACAAUAUUAUUACUAAUUUUUAUUGCAUUUUUGGUAUUUAAUUGUUACGUGCAAUAUGGACCAAAUGGACAAUUAAUCAAUAAAAUACCAGGACCAUGUUGUUAUCCAAUUAUUGGUAAUACAAUCAAACUGAUCAAUUUAGGAGUUCUUCGUAUCUGGAAGUAUAUAAUAUGUACUUCCAGUGAUAAAUAUUAUCCUAUUUGGAAAUUGCGGUCCUUCUUUGAAUCACUUGUAAUUAUCCGCCAUCCCGAUGAUAUGGAGACAAUACUAAACAAUACAAAACACAUCAACAAGUCUAAACUAUAUGAUAUUUUACAUCCUUGGCUCGGCACGGGUCUUCUCACCAGUACAGAUUCAAAAUGGCAUACACGGCGAAAAAUAUUAACUCCUACAUUUCAUUUCAAUAUAUUACAACAAUUUGUUGAGAUUUUAAUCAAGGAAGGCGAGUGCAUGACAAAUUCUUUGAAGAAUACGGGAGGCACUAUUACGAAAGACUUAGAACCGUUUAUUACUGAACAUACGCUAAAUGCAAUAUGCGAAACUGCCAUGGGCACUUCUUUGCAAAGAACAGGUUUAUUUCAACAAAAGUAUCGAGAAGCAAUUCAUCAGAUAAUGGAAACUCUUCUUUACAGAGCAGUAAGAGUAUGGUUGCAUGGUUGGAUAUUCUGGUUAACGCCAUUAGGUAGAAAACAAAUAAAGCUCUUGAAGGUAAUGCACGGAUUUACUGAAAAGGUUAUUGCAGAAAGAAAGGAUUAUUAUAAACGCACUAAUGGGCAAUACUUAAAAAACCUUAAUAAAGAUACUAUAGAAGAUGAAGCAGAAAUUGGAGUUCGAAAAAAACGGCUAGCUAUGUUGGAUCUCUUAAUACAGACAGCUCAAGAAAAUCAUUUAUCUGAUCUUGAUAUUAGGGAGGAAGUUGAUACUUUUAUGUUCGAGGGUCAUGAUACAACAGCGAUGGGUAUAACCUAUACUUUAGCAUUAUUGGCCGAACAUAAAGAUAUUCAGGAUGGUGUCCGAAAAGAAAUCGAUGCUAUUAUGGAAGAGAAUCAAGGAAAACUUACCAUUUUAUCGCUGCAAAAACUACAAUAUUUAGAUAGAUGUAUAAAAGAAGCGUUGCGUUUAUAUCCAAGUGUUUUUACCAUUAUGCGAACUACUUCAGAAGAGACAUUAUUACAAUCGUAUGUAAUACCUGCUGGAACAAUGGUACUUCUUAAUAUCUAUGCUACUCAUAGAGAUCCUAGUUUUUGGACAAAUCCAGAAAUAUUUAAUCCAGAUAGGUUUUUACCUGAGAUUAUACGAAAUCGUCAUCCUUAUUCAUAUUUACCAUUUAGUGCUGGGCCGCGUAAUUGCAUUGGUCAACGAUUUGCCAUGUUGGAAUUAAAGGCAAUGAUAGCUCCUUUAAUUCACAAUUUUUAUUUGGAGCCGGUUGAUUAUUUAAAAAAUAUAGAAUUUAAAGCUGAUAUGAUACUUCGCCCUCUUAAGCCUCAUCGUAUAAAAUUUGUUCCAAUUGCAAAAUCCAUAUAAAUAUUUAAAGAUAAUUUAGAUUCCUAAGAAACAAUAAUUGUGAAAAAUACGAAAAUAUAUUAUGCAUAUAUUAUACAAGUUUGUAAUUAUAUAUAAAAAAUUAUAAAUUUUUGAGAAUAAAUUGGUUUAUAUUUU